GUUUGUGUCUUCAUACUCAGCCAAGAUCUUCUUUAGCGUUCCCAGCCAUCCGUCCGAGUACUUUGGGUAAGCCACCCAGAAAUACUCCUGAGCUCACAGGCUCGCAUUCACUUUGCUGUUCCCCUUCCCGAUCGCUAUCUCAUUCCUACUCUGACUUUCGACGCCAUGAAAUCCACAACGACACAGCAGCUGCAGCAGAUACACGCAAUCCUCGGCCCUGCUGGCCAUGGACUCGCGGAAUCCACUGCAAUGGCUACCUAUCGCCAGGAGCAGGACAUGCACGAGUCUUGCCUGCUGAAGAUGUGCCACGCCGAAGUAUGGCACAAGGGUUCCUUCGCGAACGGCUGUCCUAGACCCAUCCUCAUCACCGAGCACCAUCAGCGCCAGCUGGAGGAACUGCAUGAAGCAUUGACUUUGGCCAUCACGGAUGUUGUUCAGCGUUGGUGGACUGAUGACUCCGCUCGCUUUCCCCAGCGGAUGCCGCUGCCCAAAGAGGAGGAGGAACUGCUCCAGUGGAUGGACCAGCAAGUUCCCCAUGGCCUCCCCGAGUUCCGCGAUGUUCUAGGGUCAUGGAGACCAGAUUUCCUGGUCGCGGAAGGCGUGGAAGGAGGGCUGUACCCAUCUGCAGAGACCUUCUGUCUCACAGAGAUCAAUGCCCGCUUCUCCUUCAACGGGUUUAUGCAUGAAGCAUAUGGGCAGCAGGCCCUUCUUAACCUUGGGGUUGAGGACCGUGGCCUCUAUGGCGCGACAGAUCCAGCCAAGAUCGUUGGCGGAUUAUACAGUUUGUUUCGUCUCGAUAGACCCCUACACCUCUUGAAAAGCGAGGAGCGCGGCAUCGACAUCCACAUGUUUGUCGACUUCUACCGCCGUCAUCUCGGGCUUGAGCCGCGGGUCAUCGCUCCAGAGGACCUCCGCCUCGUCCCUGAUGACCAGGAUCCACUCGGUUACAAACUCUGCUGUCUCGCCCAAUCCCCAAAACACCCACGCAACGCCCUAGGACAAACCAGUUUCAUGUCUGUCAACGGAGAAAUGGUCGAGGAAGUCCACCAGGUCGGUCUGGAACUGCACCAACGGGAGCUUCUCGCCCUGCCAAGGGAAACCCUGCGUGCCAUCAGCCUUCGGUGCUUUAAUGACCUCCGGACCAUCUUUCUUGUCCACGACAAGAGGAUGCUCGGGAUUGUGACAGAAGAGCUCGGUUCUCUCGUUGGUCGGUCAGUGCUUAGCGAGGCUCAGGCUGAUAUUCUCCGCCACGGCAUCGCUGAGACGUUUCUCCCGGGGUCCGCCAAACUCCGAAACGAUUACCUCCUGAAGCCAAUCCGGGGUGGUAAAGGGGCUGGCAUUAUAUUUGGGGAUGAAGUGAGUGCCUCCGAGUGGACGUCACACCUGGAGAAACUUGAAAGCGCCGACCUCGUUCCCGGGCGUGGAGCCUGGGUUGUUCAGCGCCAGGUGAAGCAGCGGUUGUAUGAUGUUGAAGUCCAACAGCUCCUCCGGAAACAAGGUCUUCUGAAACUCAACCUGGGAUUCCCGGACGACGAGAGCAGGUACCUGCACGGCCUGAUCGUGGGGCUGGCCAAAUUCCACGGUCACGGCCUGCCCGUGGAUCACAGUGCCUCGCAGGGAUGGUUCUGGGACAUCCGGCCGAGCGCGACCCAAUUCCAGAGUAACGGAGCCCAGGCGCGGUCCGAGACGAUGGAGGAGUUUCCCUGGCAUACGGACUGCAGCUACGAGGCGAACCCGCCGCGUUAUUUCGCGCUGCAAGUCCUCCAGCCGGAUCGGCGCGGCGGCGGCGUGUUCUCCGCGCUUGGGGUUGACAACAUCCUCCACCACCUGUCACCUUCCUCCCGCGCCGCGCUCUGCCGCCCGGAUUACCGCAUCACGGUCCCCCCAGAGUUUGUGCGGUCUAGCGGCAAGCGCCAUAUCGUCGGCAGUAUACUCGCCAUGGCCGACGACGACAACCACGGUGGGCCCGCCACCGCCAUGAUGAGGUUCCGGGAAGAUAUUAUCACCCCAUUGAGCCAUGCGGCCGUGUCGGCGGUGGAGGAGCUCAAGCAGGUGCUUAUGAGCACGGGGGCAGAGAGAGAUACGUUACAUCUCACCGCGGAAGAUAUGCCCCGGGGUUCCGUCUUGUUGUUGGAUAACCGGCGCUGGCUCCAUGCGAGAAACGAGGUGAGGGAUCCGGAGCGCCACCUACGCCGAGUGAGGUGGGAUGCUACGUCGUUUCCUUAA